AAUCCUAGAGGUAUACCAAAAGCCCCGUUUGUGGCCAAUGUGGAAGAAUAUGUUGGUGGACCGAAUGUGGAUGUAGGUAAUGCUGUAAAGGCUUUCCAAGAAACAUCUGCGAAAUACCGAUACAUGGAACUCUCCCUCCAACAACGUCGUAAAGCUCUUUUAUCGAAAAUCCCCGAUAUCGAACAAACCCUCACAGUCGUACGAUUUCUCCGAUCAGAAAGGAAAGGAAAACCAAAGUUGAAGACUUUGUUCGAAUUGAAUGAUACUUUAUAUGCUGAGGCAGAAUUAGAAGAGACGGAUGAAGUUGGAAUAUGGCUCGGAGCAAACACAAUGCUCAUGUAUCCAUUAGCAGAAGCCGAACAACUACUAUCGGAUAAAUUAUCAGCCGCGAAACAAAGUCUCAAGGAGGUGAUCGAAGAUUUAGAAUGGAUAAGAGAACAAGUGACGGUAAUGGAAGUUAACUUUGCUAGGGUUCAUAAU